UGUUAGCAACAACAAACUCAGUGGUGUGUUGCCGCAACAACUUGGGAGGUUGAAGAUACUAGAAUUUCUGAAUUUAUCGCAUAAUCAGUUCAGUGGCAGCAUUCCAUCCUCCUUUGCAAGCAUGGUGAGCCUUUCAACACUCGAUGUGUCCUACAACGACUUGGAAGGACUGGUCCCAACAGCACGGCUACUGCAAAAUGCUUCAGCAAGUUGGUUUCUUCCCAAUAAAGGUCUGUGUGGUAACCUCUCUGGCCUGCGACCUUGUUAUUCAACCGCAGUGGCUGCUCACAAAAACGGGAAGAUACUUGGUUUGCUUUUGCCAAUUGUUCUUGUGAUGGGUUUCGUCAUUGUUGCUGCAAUUGUUGUCACAAUAAUACUUACUAGUAAGAAGAGAAAUCCACAAGAAAGUGUUACCGCUGAAGCAAGGGACCUAUUCUCUGUUUGGAAUUUUGAUGGAAGAUUAGCAUUUGAUGAUAUUGUAAGGGCAACAGAAGACUUUGAUGAUAAGUACAUCACUGGAACAGGGGGGUACGCCAAAGUCUACAAGGCACAACUCCAAGACGAGCAGCUGGUUGCUGUGAAGAAGCUUCAUCAGACCGAAGAAGAGUUGGAUGAUGAAAGAAGAUUUCGUAGUGAAAUGGAAAUAUUAACGCAGAUCCGACAACGAAGCAUUGUCAAAAUGUAUGGAUUCUGCUCCCAUCCAGCAUAUAAAUUUCUCGUCUACGACUGCAUUCAGCAGGGAAGCCUCCAUGGAAUAUUGGAAAAUGAGGAGCUAUCAAAGGAAUUAGAUUGGAAGAAGAGAAUUGCCCUGGCAACUGAUGUGGCUCAAGCAAUAUCUUAUUUGCACCACGAAUGCAGUCCACCUAUAAUCCAUCGAGAUAUCACAAGCAACAACAUCUUACUUGAUACAUCCUUCAAGGCCUUUGUCUCGGAUUUCGGCACGGCAAGGAUUCUUAAGCCCGAUUCAUCAAACUGGAGUGCACUAGCAGGAACGUAUGGCUACAUAGCUCCUGAACUGUCAUACACAUCUGUUGCGACAGAGAAAUGUGAUGUUUAUAGCUUUGGGUGGUUGCGUUAGAGCUAGUGAUGGGCAAGCAUCCAAGGGAAUUAUUAGAUGGUACUCUUUCUAACGGCGAACAAUCAAUGAUGGUGAAAGAUAUUCUGGACCAACGGCCAACAACACCAAUAUCAACUGAAGAGAAUAGCUUAGCUCUGCUCAUCAAGCUGGCCUUAUCUUGUCUGGAAUCUUCUCCCCAAGCAAGGCCAACCAUGCAGGAGGCAUACCAAACACUCAUCCAGCCAUCUUCUAGUUCAACUACCGUGCCUUUCAGUGCACUUACAUUACAGCAAGGGAGGCAUGUUGACAUAAGGUCUGAAUCCUAGUGAGAAACCAGGGUCUACCGAAGCAGAGGCCGAUUCAGAUUUCUGAUUUUUUACUCAAGUCACUCAUACACCACCUAUAUAUACCUCUUGUAUGCCAUGCCAUGCCACACAGGCUGAGUUGACGACUCACUGCAAGUUUAUGUAUUUGUAGAUUCUCUUGAUACAGCAAAAGAUCACCGUUGUGUGCCCAUAGUUUUUCCCGCAAGGGUUUUCCACGUAAAAAUGUGUGUCCAGUCCCGUGUUCAUGGUAUUUCUCUGUUUGCUUGCUGAUUUCUAACAAAUGCAUAAAUAUAAUUUGGUUUGCAGGUCGCUUAUAUUUGCUAAAGACCAUAGUGUAGACAUAGUAUCCACAUGUGACAAUUUCUUUCGGCUGUUGUCUUUAGGGUACUUAUUAAAUGUGUCCUAGUAUUUGUCUCUUUUUAUCUACUAUUGCUUGCAUAACCUAAUAAAGAUUGAAAAAAAUGAAAUCCAAAACUGGCGCAGUACCAUGUUGUCCUGCUUUAUUUAUUCCAUAUGGGAAUCAAGAUCAAAUAUCUUGGACCAAGCAGGAACAAUCACAAUGCAUAAACGGAAAGAAAUGAAUGUAAGCACAUUGGAGAUAGGUGCAUAAAAAAGAGCAACUACCGCAUAUACUAAGUAAAAGCACCUACAGAGGGUUGUAGGGCAGGAGUAUGUAGUACUUUUUCCUUAUUAUUGCUCCCAUGAACCUGAAGGUGAAAAACUGGAAUCCAAAACUGACACGUUAUCAUGUCAUCCCACUUUAUUGUUCUCUGGGUAUCAAAGUAAAAUACCUUGGACCAAGCAGGAACGAUCACAAUGAUCAAGUGUUCGAACAGACCAAAUGAAUGUGAACACACGGAUAUAGGUGCAUAAAACAACAAAAAGUACACCAGUACUACGUAAAAGGGCUUGCGGAGGGUUGUAGGGCACGCAUACAUAGUCCUUGUCCUCAUGAUGGAGCAUAUGUGGUCCUUGUUCUUAGGAUGGAGCAAUAGAUAAUUUACUAAUACACUUAAUUUCAAGCAC